UCCACGAGGUUGCUCGCACGGGCCUGGCGCCUUCCUCUUGUACUCACCCCUCUCUUGCACCUGGCUCACCACGUUUAGUGCAUUACCAGAAACCCGUACCCGGGUGACCGAGCCACUAGUUGAGAUGGAUAAUUCUGCGUAUGUGCCGAAUCAUCUACCGCCGCCAUCCCUGGUCGUGUUUUCACAGGCCGGGGGGCUGCCGGAGGCUCUGAGAAUGCAAAGACCCUUCAAUCCACAAGUGACCGACUCGAAGGAUCUCCAAGUGCCGUUCAGCACUGCGGCUUCUCUGGGUUACGGCCUCCAUCAUAUGCUCCACUUGCCGCCGCAAUUUUUGCACCCUCUGGAUCACCGUUUACCGUUUGGAGGGUUCAGGCCUCUGGGGCCAUCGGCUUUCGCUCCGCCGAGCAAGUGUCUGAAAGUAGAAACAGGAAACGGUCCGGUCACCGGUUCCGGUUUGCCAAGUAUCGGCUCAUUGUCGAGCAUGUCGAACAUGUUCUCGCCAUCGUCCUUGUCCUCGGCCAGCGGAGGUGCCGUCGUCUCUGUUUCUGGAGCGUCGGCGAGCAUCGGAGGCGUCGGAGGCGUCGGAGGCGUCGGAGGAGGUGCGAGCGCGGCAGCGGCACAGGAAGUCGCACCGCAGAGUCCCGCUGGCUCUACCAGCCGAUCACCUACAGGGACCGGAACCGGUUCGGUUCCUAAUCGCGGCACCACUCCGGAGGACGAGGAUCGCGAUGCGAAUGCCACGCCUGGGUCCGAGAACACGGAAAGAUCUACGCCCGAGGAGGGACGACCGUAUCGACUGGGGCCUGUGUUCGGGGGCCGAUGCGGCGCGGAGGCGCUCGGGCUGGGGUUAGGGCUGUCGCUGGGCCCGGCCUACAGGUUCGCUCUGCCCCCGGGACUCGCUGCCAAGACCACCCGCUGCCUUGUAUUCGACCAAGGUAAAAAGAAAUUUCCAUCGGAUCCGUCCUGUUGCCCAGCGUGCGGAGUAACUGUAAGACCGCAGGAAUUGGAGCAACAUUUCGCUCAGGAACUCGACCGACUUUAUAAGAUAUCGUCGGCAUCCUCUCGAGCGCGAGCGCCAAGGUCGAGUUUGCCUCCUGGCCAUCCUCAAGACCAUCCCCAUGGACCGAUGCUUCAUGCCCCAUCAGCUGCUGAUGGAACGCCUCAUGGAAGAUGGGAGACUUACAAGAGAAUUAAAGCCAAUAGACAGGCUAGAAUCCGUGUGAAGAACCGGAAACGGAAAGCGGACGAACCUUCUUGCCCCGUUUGUAGCGAGAGGCUAUCUGGCACGCCAGAGGAAUUGAAUCAGCACGUCGAACGAUGCUUGAACAAACACAAUAAUGGAAAUCCCGCUGGUCAGAAUAAUUUGGACGAAGAGGAGGUGGACGUGGAGGGCGAUGCUGAAACUUUCGAAGAGUAUGAAUGGGCUGGUCAAAGAAGAGUGCGAGCAACGUCGAUGCUCGUCGGAGGCUUUUCUGCUGCAGGUUUAGCGACCUCAUCGAGCAGUCGUUCAGCCACUGGCAACGGUGGAUCUAAUCAGCAAGAUGAGGAAGACGUGGACCUGGUGGUCGAUGGCGACGACGCCGCCGAGUUUGGACCUGCACAGUAUUCCGAAGCCGACGUGGUCGCGCCACGUAUGGAUGGCACGCCGAGAGAGCAAAAGGAAAGAGACGCUCUUCGAGAAGCCGUGAUAUCGCCGAACGCGUCCAACACGCCUCACACGCCGCACACACCCGAACAAAUCGGUCAAGGUUUGGUCGAGGUGAAACCGGAACCAGGAACAGCAACUCCUCUUGGCCAGAACGAACAGGACGAGAGUGCCUCGACGUCGCCUAGAAGGGACGGUGACACGCCAGUGAUCGAGGCUCUUCGAGGCAGAAUUCGAGAAUUAGAAGCAGAAAUGCGUGGCCAACCGUUCAAGUGUCUCAUCUGCAUGGAACAAUAUAAAAAACCUGUGACUUCGGUUUGCUGCUGGCACGUUCAUUGCGAACAAUGCUGGUUACACACAUUGGGUGCGAAAAAGCUGUGUCCACAAUGCAACAUGAUAACGUCGCCUUCAGAUUUGCGACGUAUCUACAUGUGAAGGAAGUCGCGUGUGCCAAACAAGAAAUUGGGUUGUCCGUAGAAAAUAAUGGUCGAUUUUUUGCCAAAGAAUCGACGCGUUUCGAUAUGACUCGAUCGUGUAAAUAUCUGUAUAUAUUUAUGCGUCACGUUAAAUUAACUCCUUCUAGAUUUACCACGUACGAAUUAUGCACUUAGUAGCGUUAGUAAGUUAAGCCGUGAAAGGCGCGCGCGAAUCAUGUCUCGACCAUGCUUUAUCGCUCGUCGCGCAGACCAAUUUUCAUCCUGCUAUAAUAUAUAGAAAAAUA